AAACCUAGUAACUGCAGGUGAACUCGUCCCCAGAUGGCCGCUUGACGUCAGCGAGCGGGAGGGCAGGCGGGAGCUGACCGGACGCGGCUGAGAAAGGAGGAGAAGUCCGGCAGCAUCUGGUGAUUCCCGGGCAGCGAGCGGCGGAGUCCGACUUCCAUGAGGGCAACUUGGGAUCCUUGCAACAAUCGCAUUUUUAUUUUUUUUUAUUUUUUUGUUUUUUAUUCUUUUGCGUGUGGUUAAAGAUGAAGAACGAAAUUUCUGCAGUCGUAUUUUUUCUGUCAAAGCUAUUAAAAAAUAAUAUAAAUUUAAGUGAGGAGGAUAUUGAGAUAUUUUCUGAAGAAUUGAGCAGAAUCCUGUAUGAUAAGUAUGUUAAUCACUGGUACCCGGAAACGCCAGCGAAAGGACAAGCCUAUAGAUGUAUCCGUGUGAAUCGAUAUCAGGGUGUUGAUCCAGACCUCCAGAAGGCUUGUUUUAACAGUGGUUUGCUGUAUGAAGAAUUGGGGUUACCCAAAGAAAUGACAUUAUGGGUGGAUCCAUGUGAAGUGUGUUGCAGGUAUGGAGAGAAGAACCCUUCUUUUGUGGUGGCCAGCUUUGACAGCAAAGAUGACGAAAAGAUUGAGAUUUCUCAGAAAGUGAAUUAUGCCAUGGACAAAGUUACAUCAGAUUACCAUUCCGGAUCUUCAUCAGAAGACGAAGUGUAUAUAAGUCAUAAAAACCCCCCACCCACUCCAGUAAUACCCAGAACAUGUGACAUUUACCAGGUGCCUGAAUUUGUGCCACAACUGACUCUUCCUACUUGGAACAAGAACCCAAAGAGAAGGCAGAAUUCCCAUUUCCAAUAUCAGCCACAGUUUGUGCCUAGCUAUCAACAAGGAAGGAAUAAGGUAUAUGGGCAAGUCCCAUGGAUGCCGCCUAUGAUGCAGAAUGAACAGAACCACUGGACUAAUCUACAUAUGCUGAGUGCUGGCCGUCAGUGCUUGGCCUAAGGAUGAAGUGUAGUCACAAUAUGGAUGGGCGUGUACACAUGUGGAACACAUAGGUUAAAAUGCUACCGUAUUGUGUUGCCCUAAGUGCACCAUUUCCAGAGCAAUUAGAAACCCCCUUUUUAUUUAGCACUUUCUUGUGUAGUAUAUGGAGGUUUUUUUCCUCCACCAGCAGCAUAUAACAAGACUUUAUUUUUCUAACGGCACCAUCUUCUGGCCAACUGUAAUAUUGCAGUGGUUGGACUGUAGUUGGUCCUGCCUGGGGUUGCAGUGCCUCUUGAAUUACUGCAAUGAUGUUCCAAGCAGAUUGAAGGUUUCUGUCAUUCAGUUACCUUUUUUCUCAUAUGUUAACGCAAGGAAUUGUCCAAACUGUGUGUCACCAUAGAGAUAAUGUGUAGCUCAGGAUGCAUUCCCUGCACCCUGAAUACAUCUCUAUGCAUGUAUAUGUUCUGAGUCUAAUAUUGAUGCCGGACCAAACUGCAUAAGCAUUCUUUUUUUUUUUUUUUACAUUUGUUGCACUUUUUGUAUUAGUCAUUUGAGAAGCACUCUUGUUGGGGUUCUAGUUAAGUGCCUGAGUAUUUUUUAAUAUUUAUAUAUUGUGACUUGCACAAAAUCAUGUUAAUCAAUUUUCCUGGAAGUUUCUAUACCAAAUAUUUAUUUUCAAGCUCAAUUUAAUAUUUUAUGUAUUGGACUAAUAAAUGUCAUUUUAUUGUAAUAGAAAUAAUAUAAUAAAAAUAAUGUAUUGCAGCAACAUUGAACCAUGUUGGAAUGAUUGAGCAGAUGUUACAAAGAUGCUAUUUGUAUCAUAUUUAUGUAUUUUUGUAACACACUGAUAUAAUACUACAUAAAAGUUAUUGGAAUAACACCGCA